UGACAGAUUGAAGAGGUACUUGGCAAUUCGGAUACAGAACAACACCGACUUGUCAGCUGAUUUGUCCUUCGUCAACUAACCUUUCCUCUACUUGGCUCCACGUGCUUUGAAUGAGUUUAGAGCAUCACUGGGACAGACACUCCCUUCAGUCGACUGGAAAGACAAAACGCCAACAUGUUGGGGAGGGUCGCCCUGAGCAGAGGCAUUACAGCCCUGAGACUCAGUAAGAAUGCCACUUUGUACAUGAAGGAGUUGACACCUCCAGUCUCAGGGUGUGAGAGCCAACCCUCUGAACAACAUAAACCUCUUACGGUGAUGUUACCGUGGUUGGGAUCUCGACCCCAAGCUGUGGCCAAGUACUGUGAAAUCUACUUCAACACAGGCUUUGAUGUGCUCGUAGUGGAGAGUGAGGUGAAAGAGUUCCUUUGGCCUCGCUUGGGUCUGGAACACGGAAAGAGGUUGCUGGAUUUGCUCCACAGUGAACGCUUUGUCUCCCGCCCUCUGCUCGUCCAUGCCUUCUCUAUAGGUGGAUACACAUUUGCUCAGCUGCUGGUAAAUGUGUCCCGGGACUCAGAGAAAUAUCAGGCACUCACAAAGAGGAUCAAGGGGCAAGUUUAUGACAGCUUGGUGGUGGGCUCUGUCGAGAGAAUGGCUACAGGUCUGGGCAAAACGUUGUUCCCUAGUUUGGAGAUGCUGGUGAAACGAGUAAGCUUGUUUUACUUCGGCAUGUUCAAACACCAAACCAUAGACUACUUUAAUGCCGGGAUUGAAGCGUUUUGGGCUACGCCCGUCACCGCGCCUGCUCUGUUCUUCUACUGCGAGAACGAUGCGUUGAGCGACCCACAGGUCAUGGAGGAGUUGAUAGACCACCUGCGGAAGCGCGACAUGGACAUCACAGCAAAGAAAUGGGCGGAUUCAACACACGCCGGCCACCUGAAGAGGCACAAAAACGAGUAUCUGACCACCCUCAACAUGUUUCUGAACUCACUCCACUUUGCCCCACUGAAGGCCAAAUUGUAAGGGCGAUUUCUUUGAAGCCAAACCGCAUAUAUACUUGUUCUGUGUUUUUAUCUCAAAGCAAGCAUGUGUUGUUUUACUAUAGAAGCAAAUAUUAACUGUGGAAUAAUGUUUUACUUGAAUAUUACACUAAUUCACUUACUGAGCGUACUGCCAGUCAGUGCCUGUUUUUAGUCAAAAAAAGACUUCACUUGAAAUCUCUCUUGUGCUCUUUGAGAAAGAAACACAGGUCUUCUCAUCAUUGUAAAAGAAGUGCUCUCAGGUCCUCCACUCCACAGCCUCAUGGUGUGUAAUGAUUUUAUUUUGGAACAUGGUAUCACAUGGUACGUUUAAAACUUUCGGUUAUUACAGUUUACAAGGUCGACACUCUUGGAAGUUUUGACGUGACUUUUCAAAAGAAAGGGACACUUGUCUCCUUGUUCCUUUUUUCAGAUGACAAUGUAAUGUUUGUUUCAUGAAGUGCCUUCUAGUCUCAUUCUUGAAAUAUGCAACAUAGAUAAAGCUGAAAAAAAAAAAAAUGCUACUUUAACAACCAUUGCAUAUUCUAAUUAUUAACUUUAUUUUAAAGAAUAUUUUGAGUAUACAGCCUGGGAAAGGAUCAUUGUGAACUCAUGAUUAUUACAGUAUAAUAUAAAUCCUAUACUACCUUAUUCUGUGGUGUUUGUUGCUCAAUGUAUUUAACAUGCCUAUAGAGAUUGUAUGUGCUACUUGAUGCCUUGAAUUUCUCACCGAGGCUGUACUUUUCUAUUGAAGUAGUCUUGGAAGAGAGAAAAUAAAUGUAAGCAAACAGAAAACUAGUCAGACCAGUUUUGACUCGACCCUUUUGAAUGACUCUUCAAACAAUGUUGCAGAUUAACUCCCAUCUGUUUAACUACCACGCUUUUAAAA